AUGAAUGAAACAAAUUGUAAAGCAACAAAUAUUGCUAAGGAAAUGUUUAAUAAGUACCAUAAAUCAAGAUCUUAUAUGUGUUAUAGUAAAUGUAGGGAUGAAAUUAUAGAAGCUUUACAAGAAAGAAAGUUGUCAAAAUAUGUAACGGUGGAGAUAUUAAAUAAAAUGAUUCAAUAUAUUAAAAAUUUAAAGGAACAAUCUACUGAAUUAAUUUGUGCAGCUUUGAAGGAAAUUCAAAAACAUCUAGAUCAUCAGAUAGAGGUAUUAAGAGUGGAUAAUUUUAGAUCAUUUACAAGUUCAAAGAUUCUAAAACAAUUUCCAGAAUUAAAAAUUGAAACAACUAUACUUCAAGAGCAUACCACAAAUGGAGUAGUUGAAAGGUGUAUUCGUUCAAUAAGAUUAUGGCUUAGUAAAGAAGAAGAAAGAGAAAAGGGCAGGAAAAGUUUUGAAAGAAGACUUGAAGUAGUUACCAAGCAUUAUAAUAGAAGUAAACAUUCUUCUACUGGUGAAAGACCAAGAGAUGUAAUUUUUGCAUUUUCUUUAAAUGGGGAAAAGAUGGAUGAAGAUGAGAUAAGAUUAAGAAAAUUAAAGAUGGAAAUUAUUCAAAAUGUAAAUAAUCCAGUAGUUUAUAGAAAAAUGAAUAAAGGGAAACCGAAAAAUGCAAUGGGAAUUUUAAAAUCUGUAAAUGUAGAAGGUGAUACGGUGAAUAUUGAAGAAGAUAACAAUCAUAUUAUUAGAAGACCAAUAUUAAAAAUCCGUACCUUCAAUUCGAAGGAAGGGAGAAGUUAA